AAGAGGUGGCAAGGAGGAGGACGGACGCCCUUCAGGAGCCGCGGACGUGCGCGCACCGCUGGAGGCAGUCGAGCAGCAGACCCGGGUCCGGUUUGGAGAAACUCUGGCUGAUGUUAGCAGCAGAGCGAGAACAGAGAGCUGGGUGGGCAUGACAUGUGAGCCAAGUCAAAAGACAAACACCAAAAGGGUGUCUGCGGCAUGCGCGGGUCGAUGCUCCGAGAGACUUGACACAGGUGAAUGAGAACACGGCUACAGAUCUUUUUAGUUUAUCUUUUUCCCCUCCCCUUGGUUCAGUGAGAGGACACCGACACGGCAGCUGCAGCUCCCCGUGCCAGUCUGGCAGGCGUCAAGGUAGACAGCAGGCAGGAGAGGACGGAGGAAGAGCCGCUGUUAAAAUCAACUCUUCGACGAAACGUUGCCGCGCAGACUGACGUGACGACUUUACUGAGUGUCCGCAGAGAGACGGAGACACACGGGAGAGGACACAAUGUCAAAGGAGACGAGAGGAAAAGGAUCAUCACGUAAGCACAGCGCCUCUCAUUGGUGUCUGCAGAAUAUUGCACAAGAAUCAGUUGACAGCUCCGAUGACGAGUUCUUUGAUGCCAGAGCAGAUGUUAUGGAGGGGAAGAGCGCCAUACUGCUGGGCAUGAGUCAGUGGAACUCAAAUGACCUGGUGGAGCAGAUUGAAACUCUGGGACACAUGGAAGACCAGUCACAUGAGGGUCUCUACCAGCUGGGGGGUCCACGCUGCCCCCCUCAGAGCAGCAUAGAAGGACUGGAGGACAUAGAGAGGAAAUGUAAGACGCAUGUGCUGCUGCUAGUGGUGCACGGGGGCAACAUCUUGGACACAGCAGGCGGAGACCCCAGCACAAAGGCCGGUGAUGUGGCCACCCUGACGUCAGUGCUGGAUAAGGUGACAUGGGCGCAUUUCAAAGCCACUGCCGAACACGUGAAGAUCCAGCUGGUGCCAUGUCCGGCCGUGUGCGCUGAAGCCUUCUCCCUGUUGUCCAAUCUGAAUCCAUACAGCUAUGACGAGAGCUGUGUCUCUAGUAGCGUGGACCACCUGCCCCUGGCUGCCCUCCCGCUCCUCGCUAUUGUCUCACCUCGCUACCAGGAUGCCGUUGCCACGGUGAUUGCCCAAUCCAACCAGGCCUACCACAGCUUCCUGCAGUCAGAGGAUGGCCAGGGAUUCAUGGGUCAGGUAUGCCUAAUGGGUGACUGUGUGGGAGGCGUGCUGUGCUUCGACGCUUUGUGUUUCAGCAACCACCAGAGGCCUGGCAGCCCCAACAACAGCAGCAGGAACAACAGCACUGAGAGCCUGAAGGAUAACUCGGGCCUACUCGGGGAGUCCAGCCCAGGUCUGAGUUCUAGCAAGAGGCUCAGCAAGAGCAACAUUGACAUCUCCGCCCCCAACGAAGGGAACGGCCAGACCGGGCCGCCGCUCAGCCGAAAGCAGAGCGACUCAUGUGACGGAGACACCUCGUCCACGGGCCAGCACAGCUUUUUUUCCAGUUUGAUGAAGGACAGUGUGGAGGUGCGUGGGGGCAGUAGUACCAGUCUGGUUUUGAAUCCCGGCCGAUUUGACUUUGAAGUGUCAGACUGCUUCCUGUUGGGCUGUCCACUGGGCCUCGUGCUGGCCAUGAGACGCACUGUGCUGCCUGCUGUCCAAGUGAGUCAGCUGCAUCCAGCCUGCUCUCAGAUUUUCAACCUGUUUUACCCUUCGGACCCGUCAGCCUCCAGACUGGAGCCACUGCUGCAGCCUCUCUUCCACAAGUUGCCACCAUAUGCUGUGCCGCGUUAUCAGCGCUACCCUCUAGGAGAUGGACGCUCACUGCUAAUAGCGGAGAGUAUCCAAGGCCAUUCAAAUGUGUUUUUGGAUAGUGAGCAGUCUCCUAAAGGUCCAGCUUCACAGACGUCCUCUGAGACAAAGAGUGAAGGAGGAGGUGGAGGAGGAGGAGGAGAAGAUGGAGGUCGUAGAGCCAGCGUGACCAGUGUUGAAAGUGAAGUGUCGAUUUGUUCCAUGGGCCAGCUGGGAAACACUAUUGCAAACAUUUCCAGUAGCUGGUGGGGCUCCAAAAGGCUGGAUUAUGCUUUGUAUUGCCCUGAUGUGCUGACUGCCUUCCCAACAGUGGCUCUGCCUCACCUUUUCCAUGCAUCCUACUGGGAGUCCACUGAUGUAGCAGCCUUUGUUCUCCGGCAGCUCAUGCGAUGUGACUGUGUGAAGACCCAGGAAGCGGACAAGUUGGGCUCUGCUCCGUUCUCUCCCUCCAGCCCACGAGAAAAAUGGCUCAGACGCAGGACACAUGUCAAACUAAGGAACGUCACUGCCAACCACAGGGUGAAUGAUGUAAUUGCCACCGAAGAUGGGCCUCAAACUCUGGUUGGUCGCUUCAUGUAUGGUCCCUUGGACAUGGUCACUCUGACUGGAGAAAAGGUGGAUAUCCUGCUAAUGACACAACCUCAGUCUGGACGCUGGGUGCACUUUGACACGGAGGUGACAAACAGCAGCGGCAGAGUGGCAUACACCAUACCAAAGAGCAAGAAGCUCGGCCUGGGAGUCUAUCCGAUUAAAAUGGUGGUCAAGGGCGAUCAAACUAGCGCUGAGGCCUACCUGACUGUGUUGCCACGGAGCAUGGAGUGUGUGGUCUUCAGCAUUGAUGGCUCUUUUGCUGCUAGUGUGUCAAUAAUGGGCAGUGACCCCAAGGUUCGCCCCGGAGCCGUUGAUGUCGUAAGACAUUGGCAGGACCUGGGAUACCUGAUCAUCUACAUCACAGGCCGCCCUGAUAUGCAGAAGCAGCGUGUGGUGUCCUGGCUCUCGCAGCACAAUUUUCCCCAUGGAAUGAUCUUUUUUUCUGAAGGCUUGGUUCAUGAUCCCCUGCGACAAAAGACCAUCUUCCUCAGGAACCUCAUACAGGAGUGUCACAUUAAGAUCAACUCUGCUUAUGGCUCCAUGAAGGACAUCUCUGUUUACAACAUGCUCGGCCUCUGCCCCCCACAGAUCUACAUUGUUGGCAGACCUUCAAAGAAGUACCAAAAUCAGUGCCAGUUCCUGAGCGAGGGCUAUGCAGCGCACCUCUCCACCCUUCAGUUUGGGCACAGAGCCAGACCCAAGAAAUCCCCUUCAGUUCGUAUGGUUCUUAGGAAGGGCUCAUUUGGUCUCUCAGCGAAGCCUGACUUCUUGUGUAAGCGCACCCACCUGCGCAGGACCAUGUCAGUGCAACAGCCCGACCCACCGUGCACACCCAACCCGAAGCCUGAGCGAGCCCAGAGCCAGCCGGAGUCAGAUAAGGACCAUGGGGGAGGGGGUGGACAAGGCCCAUGGGGACGGCCCUCCAUACUUCGUGGAGACACCACUCCCUGACAUCCAAAAAGAGAUGGAAGGAUUGCAGGAGGAUAGAAGAGGAGAACAAACCGGUCAUAGUGUCUAGGGCCAAUUGUCACCUCUACCUACUGUACAUGUACAUUGGAUCCUCUGCUGGUAUCCGUCGCAGCUCAGCUUUACCUCCUACUUGGCCCUCCACACUUUGCCACCUCUUCGGUUCUUUUUUUUUCAUAACCCGCUCUGCGGAUUACGUCACUUAGUCUUUGUGCCUGAAACUUUAAGCAGUUGCCGAGGGAUGGCAAUGACUUUUGCGAAUGUCUGUGUCGAGCUAAAAUUGUGUCCAAAUGUAGAAUCAAAAGAAUGUACUUGAGAUAAUCACUAUACACAUAUAUUUAUGCACACACAAACACUUCAAAGGAUGACAAAUUAGACAACAGAGGGGACAUUCAAGCUGAAUUUGCAAAAGAUGAGCAGACUGCUGUGCUGACAGGUGGCCAUCUUGACUGACUUCUGCACUAACCAGCCACCCAUGUAAAUAGUUGACACUCAUCAUCUCUGUGUGGGCCUUUGGACACAGAAGCACUGUGACAUUUAGGUUCAAUGUGUACACAAGCUCUGCGAUUUGAAGUCCCAGUGAGCUGACCUUGCCAAACACCGGCCUCUGCCUGCAUUCCAUUUCCACUGAUAGCUGUCUCCCUCGCGUUGUGGCUGACUUACUACCCCCUUCCGUCCCCUCAACCAGUCUGGCAGAACAGGCCUUCCGAAAGCCGCCUCAGACCGUGUCAGCUCGCGCACGGCUCGGGCCCCUGAGGUCGCAUUUGCACUAUUGAACUACAUCGCAGUGGUUCUCAAUUUAGCUGCAGUACUCACUUCAGAAACAAAGAGUUGUAUUUGUACUUUAUUGUAUUUGUAGUUCUAGUUUUCCCUGCACAUUGUGCACUGUUGCUGCCUGUUGGUUACUGUAACAAAUAGAAGUUUUAAACAGAAACAAAAAAUGU